GCUCAGUGGAAUCAAAAAUUGGCCAAAAACAAAAAUGGAGACCCACCUCUUGAGGAGCAUUUUCCAUUUAUCGAAAUUAUUUUCAAGCUGCCAAGAAGCGAAAUUUUUACUCCACAUCAUGACGCGAAUUUAAUCUAUCCACAUCCUAAUAAACGCCGGUCGAAAGGUGAUCCGCGUCCAAUGAAUUCUUUUAUGAUUCUUACACUCGUUGUGCGAAAAGUCGCAGAAACCUAUAACGUUGAUUUGGGUGAUGGAAGGUCUUGUAUCAGGAUUUGCCAACUAAUGCGAUGGGGAGCUUCAAAAUGUGACUGGAUGAUUUAUUUAAAAUUACAAAAAGAAUUCAAAAUCAUUCAUUCUCACUACUACCCUCUAUAUGACUAUCGUAAAAAAUCUCAGGUUUCUGAUAACAAAGAAUUUGUUAUCGUGAAAUCUGAUGAUUAUAAAGAAGAAGCACUUCUUUCUGAGUCUCGUAAUAAAAAAAUUGCCUC